CCGUCGGCGUUUAUAAUCCAACGGCCACAAACGGUUUUCAUCAUCUUCCCUUAUAUCUUCUCCACGCGCUCAUCGUCCCCUCCCUGAGUAGCCCUAAUUGGUUCGGACUCUCAGCUCAGAUCUCUUCCGAUCGCUUCGCACCACCGAUUGAGAAACCUCAGGAAUUUGAAUUUCUAAGACCGAAGAAUGGCUGUUCUCUAGCUUAGAUCCGGUAUUGAAGGGUUUAUGAACUCUGAUCCAUCCUAGCAGGCAACUCAAGUAUUAUUACUGGCAUACUUAAUUGUAGAAUGGCAGAUACAAUAUCUAGUUUCUGGGGUCCUGUCACAUCUCCUGAGUGGUGUGAAAAGAACUAUGUUUACUCUUCUUAUAUUGCCGAAUUCUUCAACACAGUAUCGAAUAUUCCUUGCCUCAUUUUAGCACUUAUUGGACUCGUAAAUGCUUUGAGACAAAGGUUUGAGAAGAGAUUUAGCGUUCUUCACAUAUCAAAUAUGAUCCUUGCCAUAGGAAGCAUGUUAUAUCAUGCCACCUUGCAACGAGUACAACAGCAAGGUGAUGAAACACCAAUGGUAUGGGAAAUGCUCCUCUAUAUCUACAUCCUUUAUUCACCAGAUUGGCACUACCGGAGCACGAUGCCUACAUUCUUAUUUCUAUACGGUGCUGCCUUCGCUGUUGUUCAUGCAAUUAUACGUUUUGGAGUGGGCUUUAAGGUACAUUAUGCAAUACUAUGUCUACUCUGCAUCCCUCGAAUGUACAAGUACUACAUUCACACGAACGAUAUACACGCAAAGCGGCUUGCAAAGUUAUACUUGACAACCAUCUCUCUUGGGACCGUUUGCUGGCUUUUUGAUCGCUUGUACUGCAGAAACAUCUCUAGCUGGUAUUUCAACCCUCAGGGUCAUGCAUUGUGGCAUGUCCUUAUGGGGUUCAAUUCUUAUUUUGCAAACACAUUUUUAAUGUUUUGUCGUGCUCAACAACUAGAGUGGAACCCGAGAGUAGUCCACUUUUUGGGAUUGUUUCCAUACGUGAAGGUUCAAAAACCGAAGAACCAGUGAUCGAAGUCAUGUCUUCGAACGAAACGACAUUCUUUGUUCUUGAAAUGGGUUUCUGGUUUUGGCUGGUUAUCAUCAAUAGGAUUAGACAUUCUUUUAUCCCCUCUUUGCCCGUUUAUUUUCCUUCUCAUAUGGAUGUAAAUCAUACUCAGAAUGUCUGUGCCAUUGAUUUAGAUUGGGUUUAUCUGAAGGUGUAAACUCGUGUUUCGUCUUACUCUUUUUUCACAGCAGUUUUCGAGUUUUACUGUUCUUGUAGAAAAUGUCUUAUAGGGAAUUUUUCAUUGAGUUUGCAAUAGAAUUGUCUUUCAAAGGCAGAUGAUGGGCUUCACUUGAACUCCUUAAAGAAUGACUGUGGCCCAUAUUGAUGCUA